AUGACGGGCUCGAAAGUCCUUCUCACCACGACAUCGCGUACCCGAACCGAUGUCCCUUUUGUGGAGGUGGUAGACGGAAGCAAUGGAGAACCAGAAUUCCAGAAAUCGGUGGACCGCAAGAUCGUCAUCGAAUCGGUGUCCGAAAUGAUGGACUAUGACUUUCCCGGAAGCAAAUUCACCAGCAAUGGCUCAAUCAAGCUCAUCCAUGACUCGGUUGGACAACCUUUGAUCUUCUCGAUUGGAACGGACCAGCACCUGUACAUGAUGGGGUAUAUAAACGGAAUGUCGCAUGGUUGGCAAUCCUUUGAUAUCACUCCUAACCCAGACUGCGAGGUUAGCACAUACGAUGUUGGCCGAGAUGGCAAUCGCAUUUUCAUCGUUGUUGCGAGCAGGUCUACUAGCACGGUCAUUCAACAUGCAACCAUUCCCCUCUCGGCUCUUUCUGGAGGCAAGGACACUUUCGAGUCGAACCCAUUCAGUGAUGUUUCCUGGGUCUCAGUCGAAAAAAACAUUGCUCAAUUCAAGGUCUCGACUCUCGCAUGUUCUCCCUCCAAAAACGGCUCCUAUGAGACAGCUUUUCAACUUGUUGCUACGGUCGAGGCCACCAAAGACACCGAAGCUGCACCGUAUACGUUUGCUUCAGGGGCCCCUUCUUGGACGCUUGUUGCCAUGCCCACGUCGGCUGAGGUGAUACGGGCGUGUGUGUCCGCUAGAUUUCCAGCGCCCCUUGGCCCUGGCCGAAUACUUCUUGUAGAAUCGGAGGGUAGUGAUCGCGCCAUAAGUUGCCUUUUUCAAGGUGACGGGGUGGCCAAACAACUCUUCCUGACUGGUGCUGGCAGACCGAUCAGUGUGAGCCCGAACGAGAACUACCGAGGAUACACUGAUAUUUUCGCGGCAACUGAUAACGGGAUCUGCUUCUUUGAUCACACUCGGCUGGGCCGCACACCGAAGAUCCUUGGGUCUGGGAUUGGCUUCAAAGAAGUCGUCAGCUCAGAAUCAAUCGGUCCCGAAGAAGACACCGCUCACAUUCAAGUGGUCGCUAUCUCGUCUCACAACGAACUGUUCUUCUUCCAAGGAUCUCGCAGUACGACAAGUAAAACCGAGGUAUCCUGGACCGAGUCAAACGUACCCAUUCGAACCGGAGUCAUGCACGUCGCCUGUCAUUACAAUCGGUUAUCGGGGGCAUGUGAAUUGGUCUACGCCUCAAGUAGCCACGAUGAGAUCAGGCAUUUAUCUCGUGAUCCCCGCUCAUCCAUGUGGUGUGAGAACGUUCUCUCGGUCACCUCAGCUGGUGACGGGAAACAACCAAAGACGACCAAACGACCCGCUUCCAUCUCAACCGUCACUCUCCAUGACGGUGACGGGGACCCAGUGCCUUUUGAAUUUGAGGCUUACCUGUCUGCAGAGCCAGCAUUGGCUCUGAUCAAUGGCGCCGCCUAUAAUCUCGAUGGUCGGCCGCAAAAGGUUCCCACUAACGAGCUGGGCCAGCUCAAGAUCGUGCUCCCACUUCAACAUGGCAUUUAUGCGACCGAUAUUAAGAUUAGUGCUGAGUCACCCCACGAACAAGUUCGGACGCACCACGUUCAAUCAUGCAGUCGCGCUCUGCAGACAUUCAAUUCUAUCAAGGAAUCGAGCGAUCUCAAAAAUGCGGUCACAACGGAUGGGCGCCCUCUCUUCGAUGAAUUCAAGAAGAAAUCGCUUGCGGAUGAAUCUCUUAAAUCAGCUGUCAGCGUCUUCAAGAUGAUCCCGAGCAUAUCGCAAAGUCAGGACACAUUGAUCCCUCUGAAUGUGGAGGCAGAGGAUAUUAUUUUGUGUUGGGAGAAAACGCCAGAGGGUAAAUCUACCACGACCGAACACAGCUGGAUCUCAGAUGCUAUGGAUGUAGCAGGUGAUUUCCUUGGAGACGUUUUGGAAUUUCUUAAGAAAGCCGUCAAAACGGUUGUCAAGCUGGCUAUGAAGAUUGCCGGUCCUGUCAUCAUGUUUAUCAUUCGGAUUGGGGCCAGAGUCAUUCGUUUUGCGCUCCGGACCAUUGGUCAACUUCUCUCCUGUAUUCCCGACAUACUGGACGUACUUGGUGUGGACACCUCAGCCAUGCGGGAUUGGUUGACUUUUCAUUACGUCAAAGUCGAAGAGACGCAAAAGGAGCUCACAUGGGCAAUCAACAAGACUUUGGACCUCUCCGCGGAGUUUGUCCAAGUUCAGAUCCCAAUCUUGCUCAAGCUGGUGGACGAAUUGGAUCCCUUCCUUGAGACAAUCAUCUCCCGGCCGAUUGGGCGUCAAGAAAAACCUCAAUCCCGGCAAUCGAUUUUGACCAGAAUUCUCAACAAUCCAAUUAUCUCACGAUUGCUAGAGUUCAAUCCGGUCAGUUGGAUCCUUGAAGCUGUCACGGAAGAAUUGGAUAUCCAAGUCCCCCGAACGAGCUUUGCGUUUCUCUCCAACGCCAUGGAAGCUAUGGGUGAUGUUUUUGAUGAACUGGGACGACUUGUGCUUAACAUUCUGGACCGACUUGGUUCGGGAUUGAUGUCAAAUCCAACGGCCAUUGGCAAAAUUCUGAUGGAUUGCUUGCGGUCUUCAAUCUGGACCAUAUAUGAUAGCUUCAAGAAGGUAGCCGGUACCGUCUUCAGCUCGGCAUCUGAGCUGUUCAUCGUGUUCAAAGACUUUUUGCAAGAAACCUGGGUGGUGCCAGGCUUGACUGAUCUCUGGGAAGAUUUGACUGGUUGCCCCUUCUCAGCCAUCAACUUCAUCACCUACGUUAGCGCCCAGGUACUCGAGCUCUUCGGCCGCCAUGGGACAGUAAUGGAAAGCCUCCGAGUUUUUCGACAACUUCUCGAGGGCUGUGGAGACUUCCAAAAGGCCGAGGUGCCGCAAUUCAAUGAUCUCAAGCGAGACCAAUCCAUGACGGACUCAAGAUCCCUCGAAGCUCCGUCGAAAAAAACCAAGCUUCAGACGAAUUCGAUAGUUACGUUGUGUCGGUCGCUCAAUGCGAAUAAUACCACUCCGAACCUUUUGACUGCGACUACAGAAGCGAGAAUGGUUUCGAAUCAGAAGCGACGUCUACUUUCAGCGGACGACGGGGAAGCCAGCAAUGACAAGCCCGUUUCCACGUCCGAAGACACCGGUGUCAAUGAAGAAUCCAAGAAGGACACGGACUCUGACGAGAAGGAGACCAAAACCCCCGACGCUGUUAUUAAGGCUAUUGCGUGGAUCCGGGCCUUGACAUCAGGAUUCCGUCUUGUCUGUGUUGUGCUGGAAGGACUCUCUAGCCGGACUCGAGCGCAUCGAGUCGGCGACGAAGGAGGGGCGGACGGCCAUGCGGGCCAGCCAGCCGGGCCAGCAGAUCCCCUAAGAACCUGGCAGCGGGUCUUCAGUAUUUCUGCGCUUGUCGGGGCGACUUUGGAAUGGAUCAUUCGUAAUUCGCUGUAUACGGACUCAGCCAAAGAGGUCACAGCUGGGAAAUCUCGCACGGCGCAUUGGGUGAUCUUGCUGUUCUGCACUCUCAUGUCUUGUCGAGGGAAUGAGAGACUGGCGUCCACGUCGAAUAUUGUCUACGGACUGGGCAAAUCCAUCACUUCUUUCUGGCUGGAAGAGGGUGGAGCACGGAUCGCCGAGAUGACGGGAGGCAUUCUGACGUGCGGUGCAGGGGCUGCAUUCAUGUGCGAUAGUAAGGCGGCGAAGAUCGUCGGCGGUGUCCUGACCGCAGGAGACUUGGGAUGCUGCAUCGCCGUUUUUAUCAGCUCGGAGAAGGAUCUUAAAGAAGCCAUUCACGGGCGGUAG